UCCCUCGAGGCGGCCAAACAAAACAGAAAAAGGGAUAGGAUGGUGACCAGCAUGAAAUCCAACCAUGAUGCUGAGUGUCCCCUAGAGCAGUUCUUACAGGGGAAAUGGCUUGUGGAUUGCCGUUUCCCCCUCAUUCCUGCAUCAGAGCUUCUCCAGCAUGGCCCCAAGAAGCGUACAAGGGUCACAGUGGACUGGGAUGAAGAAGAUGAAAUUCUUGAGAAGAAUCAUAAAAUGGAAAAGGAGGAGGAGGAGAAAGAGAGACCAGUAGACUCCAAGAAAAAUGCAAGGGUUCCUAAAGUCAUUAUAAAAUAUCAAGAGAAGCAUGCAGCUGAGAGUUUGAGGGUCCGUGGUGAAGACAAUAAGCAUACUGGGAACAAGGGUUCAGAGGCAAACCCUACACUUGUUUUGAAGCUGACCAAGGAAAGCAAGGAGAACACUAAAGGCAGACCCAAAGUCUUGAAGAGGAAGAGUAUUGAUCAAGAGGAAAUCAGCCCCAAAAAGACCUCAGGAAGCUCAUCCUCAUCAUCUGAAUCAUUAGGUCACACCAUUAAAAGAGGGAAGCCAAGGAAGAGUACGAAGUCUGAUGAGGAUGGAGGAGAAUCAACUGUAUCUGAGUCACUGGAUCGCACUGUAAAGCAAAAAGGCAGGCCAAGGAAGAGUUCAAAGGAUAAUGAGGAAAGAGGAGAGACGAUUGCUUUUGAGACAGUGUAUGAUUGUGUCAAGAGAAGAGGCAGGGCAAGGAAGAGUACAAAAUCUGAGGAAGAUGGAAGAGAAUCUACUGCAUCUGAGUCAUUAGACCACACUGUCAAGAAAAGAGGCAGGCCAAGGAAGAAUACUAAGUCUGAGGAGGAUGGAGAAGAAACAACUGCAUCUGAGUCAUUAGACCACACUGUCAAGAAAAGAGGCAGGCCAAGGAAGAAUACUAAGUCUGAGGAGGAUGGAGAAGAAACAACUGCAUCUGAGUCAUUAGACCACACUGUCAAGAAAAGAGGCAGGCCAAGGAAGAAUACUAAGUCUGAGGAGGAUGGAGAAGAAACAACUGCAUCUGAGUCAUUAGACCACACUGUCAAGAAAAGAGGCAGGCCAAAGAAGAAUACUAAGUCAGAGGAGGAUGGAGAAGAAACAACUGCAUCUGAGUCCCAAGACCUAAUACCCAAUGGAAGAGAAAGACCAAAGGGGGUAAGAGAAGAUGGAGGAGAAAUUACUUCAUCAGAUUCAGUAGAACCAUAUGUCAAGAGGAGAGGCAGACCUAAAAAGAAGGAAGAUAACAAAGCUAGAACAACUUCUGAAUCCCCAGAAGCACCCAUCAAGAGGAAAGGUAGACCAAAGAAGACCACAGAGAAGGGAGACAACAACAAGGAAACAACCUCCAAGCCAAAAAAACGAGGCCCAGGAAGACCUUGCAAAAUCCCACAACAGGCUCCAAGGACUGAGAACCCCAGUGCGCAGGAGCCCCAAACAGUUGCCUACUCCCAUUCCGGGCGGCCUAUCUCAGGAAACAGAAUGGUCCAACUGGAUGAAUCAGAACAGGUUAGCUCUGAGGAUGAAUCUUGGAUUGACUACAAGGAAAAGAUAAAAACAAAGAAGCAGGCAAAGGUGAAGGCAAAAACAAAAGAGGAGGGAAAGGAAACAAAGGAGGUGAAAAAGAGAGGAAGGAAGAGGAAAGAUGAAGUUAAUGCUGGUAAGGAGAAAAAGGAGAAUGAAGAAGAGGUUCUGAAACCAGAAGACUGCAUAGUGACUGCAAAAAGAGGGACACUGAAAUACCUGCACCAGAGAGAGAAGUACGUGAAAGCAUUGGCCAAUGAAGUACAGAUAGAUGAUGACUUCUUUGCAAGCAAGGCCCCUGUCAAGAAGAAUAUGUUGGAGAACCUGCUCUUCUCUGCUUCCCCAGAUGACAGUCUGACCAUCAAGACUCCCCAGGGCAAAGGAAAGAAGGUCAGCAGCAACAUCAUCACACCACGCACCAUGAAGCUGGGUCAAUGGGCCAGUGAGAGCCCCUGGAGUGAACCAAUAACGCCAUCCACAGGGACCUCCCCGCUGCACCCCACUGACAAAAAGGAGGCCCUUGAUGUGAUCUACCAACACAUGAAAGGGCGCAAGAGGUGGCCACAGCCCAUAAGAAAAGUGCUCAGUGAAAGUUCUUCCCAAUCUAUGCUGGAUAGUACUUCUACCAUGCGGAAACUAGAGCCCUUAGAGCUCCCAACACUGCCAGAAAUCCCUGAAGAAAAGGAUGGUGAAUCCAGCGAUGAUGACUACUUCAACUCAAGCGAAGUCAACUGAGGAAUAACUAAUGUCCUGGAAUUAAAUCUAGGAAGGGGAAAUGCUUUCCAAGAUAUGUCAAAACUUUGAAGCUAAAAGUUGAGGACUGCCUUGAAGUAUUGCCUCAAAUUACUGUACCAUAUACAUGCACCAGAUUUUGUACACUAUAGAUUUUGAAAAUCUUUGGUUUAGAGUUAUAUAUUUUGAAGUUUUUCUUUUCUUCUAAGGAUUUUCCUUUUCCUUUCUUUCUGAAGAACAUAAAAAAUAUGUUUUGAAAGUAUUGUAGAUGGUAAAGGAACCACAAAUUAGUAAUACUUAACAGGCAGUUGAGUUUUUGUUUCAUAUGUGUAUAAUGUGUAAUUCAUCAGUUAUGGAAUCUCACUGUUUGUAAUUACACUGGAUUACUGUGAUAAAAGGAUCAUCUAUUCUUAUACAUAAUUUGGUGGAUGACUUGCUAGUAGCAUUAAGGUACCUAGAGGUAUUGAACACUGCCACAUCUAGAUUUCCUAAUUACUGUAGAAAAGCACAGAGAAUGACUGGUAUAGUGCUUUGUGCUUUGUAAUGUAGCUACAAUGAAAGUGAUUUAUAUAGCAAGUUGUCUUUGUAUUGUUUCAGUGCCUAUUGAGCCAGUUAUGUUAAGGUCUGUUUGAUUAGUAACUUUUAACUUGUACAUGCUCCUUAGGAUUUUACAUGGUAAAUAUAUAUUUAUAUUUCAACUGAGACUGCAUGGGAAUUAUUCAUCUCUGUUAUGACUACAUAGUAAGAAAUGAAUGGAAAAACACUCUACCAUGUUGAUACUAUGGUAGAAAACCCACAGUGCACAAACUAGAUUUAUUUGAAAAAGUGAUAAAUAAAUCUAGUUUCUGCAUUGUGGGCUUUUCUACCAUAGUAAGAAAUGGGAUGAAAUGCUUUAAUACAUUCCAGUUUGCCAUUAAUAAACUGACUUCCUGUACGACUAAGAUUACAAAAUUAGAGUUAUAGUACAAAAAAUACUCAUACUUUAGAUUGUCAUAGGAACACCAAAUCAUUAAAAAUAAUUGUUUUAUUUCAUAUUUUAAAAAACAGUUGAUAACCAUUACUUGAAUACUUUACAACUUAUGACAAAAAGCAGGGAAUUUAGUUUGAUACAAAAAUCUUGUUUAUGUAAGCGUGUGUGUACUUUUCCUUUUUUAUCGAUUAUAUUUACAGAAUAUCCUAAUUCCUGUCUUCUUGUUUAAUUUUUUUUUUUUUUCAUUAUUUUUUUAGAUUUAACUAGUAAAUAUUAUUUUUAUUUUUUUUAUUUGUUUUUACUUACUGUAUUAUUUGAACUAUGUUAAGAUAUAAAUCUUGCAUUAUUUUGUUACACAAGUUUGUCAUAUGAAAACAACUCUCAAAUUUUCAGAGUAGUCUAAGUCUUUUGGACCUAUGGUCUGUUGUAAAUACCUGUUUUCAUGAAUGCUUUAUUUACUCUUUUUUUUUUUCCUUUUGUCUCUUUACAAAAGAAAUAUUAAAUGCUAUUGAAUUAC